GGGAGUCAUUUGUGUGGUGCUCUGCACUGUGUGUCACGGUCAAAUAUGCCCUGAAAACACAGGUGCUACAGACACUACAGAGCUCACAAACUUGCCAAUAUAUAUUAUUUUGCCGAUGGAUAAGGACGAGCGUGUCUUUUAUCGGGAUCUCCCGAAAGUGGAGCUGCACGCUCAUCUCAACGGCUCGGUGAGCUUCCAAACCAUGGAGAAGCUCAUUAAGAGGAAGCCACAUCUCAACAUUGAACACCAUAUGACGGCCAUUGACAAAACCCAGCGGAGAACGAUGGGCGAGUGUUUUCAGGUCUUUAAGGUCAUUCAUCAGUUGGUGGACACAGAGGAAGACCUCUUGAUGGUGGCCACAGAUGUAAUCAAAGAGUUUGCAGCUGAUGGUGUCAAAUAUCUGGAGUUGAGGAGUACACCAAGAGAGAUGAAAACCGGUUUAACCAAAAAGGGGUAUGUGGACACAGUUAUAAAAGCCAUUCAGCAGUGUAAAGAAGAGGAGGUGGACAUUGACGUAAGGUUCCUUGUUGCCAUCGAUCGCAGAAAUGGGACUAAGGUUGCCAUGGAAACGGUAAAGCUGGCCGAGGAGUUUAUGUUAUCGACUGACGGCUUGGUGGUUGGACUUGACCUCAGCGGGGAUCCAAAUGUAGGCCAUGGAAGAGACCUCCUUCCUGCCUUGCAAAAAGCCAAGAACAGCGGACUCAAGUUGUCGCUGCAUCUGUCAGAAGUUCCGUCACAGCUGGAGGAGUCGGAGCUCCUGCUUAAUCUACCUCCGGACCGGAUCGGUCACGGCACCUUUCUGCACCCCGAUGUUGGCGGCUCACAUAGCCUUGUUGACAAAGUGGUAAAGAAUAAAAUACCUUUGGAGCUUUGCUUGACUUCAAACGUCAUCGGACAAACUGUCCCAAGUUACGCCCAACACCACUUUAAGUACUGGUACCAGUUGGGCCACCCAUGUGUCAUCUGUACGGACGACAAGGGCGUGUUCAGUACAGACUUAUCUUGGGAAUACAAGAUGGUGGCGUCCACUUUUGGGCUGGGUCGCCAGGCCAUGUGGACGAUGUCCCGCCAGGCCAUCAACUGCAUCUUUGCCACAGACGACGUCAAGCGGCGGCUCGAGCAAAAAUGGACUCAGUUACAGCCUUGUGUGCUCAAAUAAGAGGUUUUGCUCUGUGCCGGCCGACAGCUUACCUCACUUUAUGGAAAAGGGAAAACGACUAACUUUUUACUAACCUUGGUAGUAAUCAUAACAUUACAAAAAGUGAAAACACUUGAUACUUUUGUUUUGAGCUGAUAUGCACAACUUUAACCAAUAAUUGAAAAGACACUACAUACAAGCCAUUAUAUUUGUAUUUGGCACACAUGAUCGUGAUUAAAAAAACGAAAAAACACUCAUCUGUCCAUUUCUUGCAUCCAAUUAAAAACCAGAACCUCACUGUCCAUCUCCCUCCGUCACAAUCAUUUGAACACCUUCUUUCCAAAUUUACCAUGUUUGUCAUUUUUCUUGAACUUUCCAUGCUGCUUGUCCUUCCUCUUUUGCUUCCCGUACUCGAGACAGCCAUUGCUCGCCACUGCAUUUCCUGUAUCUAGUUUCCUCUUCUUGUCACUGUCGGAAAUACAAAAAAGAAAACAUUUUAAAAAAGGAUUUCUGCUUUAGAUGUGUGCUUAAUUAAGGCCAUGUCUACGGUUUGGCCUAUCAUCCACACGCACAUUUAAACGAGGGUUCUUAAAAACGCUGUCCAAAGAGAAGAUUCUGCGUUUGUGGCGCCAUCAUGUGGACACUGAUAUCCGAAGAUUUAACUGUGGAAACGUCACUCACUGCGACAAACUUUGUCCCUACGUCAUACAUAAGACUAAUGUUUACAUUUGGAAUAAAUUUGACAGGUGCUUUUUUGCUCCCUUUUAUUUACAAACGCUUGCAGUGCUUCAUAUUAAAGAACACAUGCGAAGAAUGGGGGUAUUAUGGACAAUUAUUUUUCAUGCAUUGUUAUGAAUUUAACUAAAAAUGGAUGAAUACAAUCGGCCUCGGAAGCUUUUUCGUUUUUCUACAAACGUGAUGGUGCGGACGUAGUUAUUUUUUUCCCAACGUAUUAGGGCGGGAUCCUAGGUUUUAAAAAACCCUACUAGGUCUAGGCAUGGCCUUAGUCUAAGAUUUUAACCCUU